CUGUAAAUCUAAAAGAAAAAAAAUCAACAAGAAAUGCAAAGCCUCCCCCCACAACCCCUCCCCCCAAAGUUAGCUAAGGUUAUCUUUGUAGGAGUGCGUUUCCCCGUCCAGGUUAAAUAUUACAGUUGGGCUGUCCUUCAGUCUGCCCCUUGCACAGUGCCCCGCCCAUUAGAUGUAACCAAACUCACACGAUAUAAGGACCGGAGCCUGCAGGGUCAAGAUCUUCGCUCUGGACCUGGGAGGCUCCAUUGCUAACUGCGGGAGGAAGACGCGCUGCAGAGGAGAAACGCUGGCGCGGAAAGAUCCUCGGUGAUCCCGAGCACAGGUUCUCCCAAAGGUCCGCACGCGCCCCCAACCCUGCUUCGGGCUCCCUUCCUUCCCGCCAGCUAACCCUUAGUUUCAACUUGCAAGGUCAGCGGGCUGCGGAGGACCCGCGAGCCGGAGGCUUGGACCGCAGAAGAGGCGCAAAGCAGCCCAGCCCAAACCAAGCGGUUCAAGAGCCAGAAGGAAACAACUAAAUCAGCUUUCUUGGAGGUUCCAGCGACUCACCACCCGUCCCACUUGUCACUGUAGACCUCUGCCUUUGACCAGGUGUGGUGCCUGCAGAGGCCCCUUGUACCUUGCCACUAGUGACUCGUUUUGUCUGCACCAAUGUGGAGAACGUUUCAGGGUUGUCAGCCAAAGGCUGAGCGGAUGGGUCUCAAGAUUGAUUCGUUUACAAACUUUGCUGAGUUUGUCAUAGAUGCAGGAAAAGUCACUCUUGGGAUUCAGCAAAGGAUGCAAAUGGACUCUCUGCUGCGGACACAACAGAAUGAAGUCAUCUUGCAGGCAGUGUGCGCGCUGCUGAAUUCUGGGGGAGGAGUGAUCAAGGCUGAGAUUGAGAACAAAGACUACAUUUAUGAGAUCCACGGUAUAGGACUGGAUCUGCCUCCAGUUUUCAGAAGCAAUUUAGAUGAGAUGCAGCAGGGAAACCUCUUCUUCCUAUUUGUGAAAUCGUGGGACACAGAGGCCUCUGGCCUACGUCUGGCCACCUUGUGCUGCAACUUGUACUACAGACAUGAGACAUCUACUGACAUCAUGGAUUCUCAGGAAGCACUGGAAUUCCUCAACAAGAAGAGUCGGACUCUUAGGGCUCUCUAUGACCCCAAUUCCUUACAUUCAGAGGAAGCACAGGUUGGCGGACACUAUGAAACUGGCACAACGGCCAUGGCUGCUACUUUAUUUGGCAGGGUGCAGCUUCAGUAUCUGGAAAGGCUCUACUUUACUGAGUCCCUGCAUGUUGAAUUUCAGAUGUUCUCAGCAGACCCAGUCCAGUGCAUUAAAGAGCAGCUCCCCAAGUGUGUGUCUGCAUUUGCCAAUGCCGAAGGAGGCUACGUGUUUUUUGGCGUGCAUGAUGAGACUCAUCAAGUCAUUGGAUGUGAAAAAGAGAAAAUAAGUCUUCCCUCAUUGCGGGAGUCUGUUAAUGGCUGCAUUAGGAAGUUACCAGUCCAUCAUUUCUGUUCUCAGCGUCAUAUCAUCCAGUAUGCCAUCAAAUGCCUUGAAGUGCAUGAUAAGGGGACCCUCCGUGGCUAUGUCUUUGCGGUCAGAGUGGAGCCAUUCUGCUGUGCAGUGUUUGCUAAAGUGCCUAGCUCCUGGCAGGUGAAGGACAACCGUGUAAGGCAGCUGGCCACAAAGGAAUGGGUAGCUUGGAUGAUGGAGGCCGAUCCAGAUCUUUCCAGGUUUCCUGAGAUGGUUCUUGCACGAAGUUUGUCAUAUGCCACACCCCAUAGCAGGACUGUGUGCACUCAUAAGAAUUUGGAAUGUCUGAAAGAAAUGCAGAAACGUCACUUCUCAGUAUCUUCGGAUAGAAUUGUCUAUACUCCAGAAAGUGUCUACAAGGAACUCUUCUCACAGCAUAAAGGACUCAGAGACUUAAUAAAUAUGGAAAUGCGCCCCAUCUCUCAAGGAAUAUUGAUUUUUUCUUCAAGCUGGGCUGUGGACUUGGGUCUGCAGGAGAAGCAGAGUGUCGUCUGUGAUGCACUUCUCAUUUCCCAGAACAACAACCCAAUCCUCUACACAGUUUUCAAGUGUGAUAGGGACUGGAAGAACUACUCUAUAACAGUUGCCCAUUCUUUGAAACAGAGGCUGGUGAACACAGGUGGCUACACUGGGAGGUUAUGUGUCAUUCCCUUGGCCUUCCUUCUUAAUCCUGAUAAAACAGUGAGACCUCUUUGUAACUCAGAAGUGCAAAUUUAUCCCGAGUCCUAUAGUCUUCUGACCACCCAGCACAUGGAAGCUCUGCUCCAAUCCCUUGUGAUAGUCUUAUUUGGGUCCAGGUCCUUCUUAAGUGAAGAGCUGGGCUCUGAAGUUCUGAACCUACUCACAGAUCAGCAGUAUGAGUUGCUUUCAAAGGACCUUCGCAAGACCAGAGAGAUGUUUGUCCACGGCCUAACUGGGUCUGGGAAGACCAUGCUGGCUCUCAGGAUCAUAGAGAAGAUCAGGAAUGUGUUUCACUGCCAAGCAAGUAACAUUCUUUACAUCUGUGAGAACCAGCCCUUGAAGAAGUUUGUGAGCAGGAGAAACAUGUUCCAAGCUGUGACACGGAAAAACUUCAUGAAAAGUGACUUCGGGAGGAUUCAACAUAUUAUCAUUGAUGAAGCCCACAAUUUCCAUGCUGAAGAUGGAGACUGGUAUCGGAAGGCAAAAGCCAUCACUCAGAGAGAAAGGAAUUGUCCAGGAAUUCUUUGGAUCUUUCUGGACUACUUUCAGACCAGCCACUUGUGUUGCAGCGGCCUCCCCCCUCUCUCAGUCCAGUUUCCACGAACAGAGCUCACCAGGGUGUUCCGCAAUGCAGAUGUAAUAGCCAGCUAUCUACAAGAAACAAUGCAGAACAUCAGAGAAAAUCCUCCACCCAAUAUCCCUCCUGGGUCCCUGGUGAUGUGCCAGAAACCUAAAUGGACUCAAGGUGUUCCAGGCAACUUAGAGAUCACUGAGUACCCAGACCUGGAGGGGACGGUGAUUUAUGUAGCAGACAAGUGCCAGUUACUUUGGAGGAAUGGUUAUUCUCCCAAGGAUAUUGCUGUUCUGCUUUUCAGCAGAGCAAGUGAAAUAGAAAAAUAUAGAGAUAAUCUUCUGUUAGUACUGAGGAGGAGAAGAAUGUCUCAGCUCACGGAGGGAUCUAACCCCUUCAUACUGGUCAGGGAUGCAUUGGGUGCUCUAGUUGAUUAUAUCAUGUUAGACAGCGUCCACCGCUUUUCAGGCCUGGAAAGAAAUGUGUUUGGGAUCAUUCCAAGUGCAGUCGAACCCACCAUUUACUACAAUAUUCUGUUCUGUUUGGCUUCCAGGGCACGAUACCAUCUGUAUAUUCUAAAGGUUUCUGUCUGACAAGAAGAUGCCAGAAGAUUCCAUUAGGUAGCUCUCAUUUCUAGUUAACUGUGAAACUAUUUUUUCCAAACAUUAUAGCAUAAAACACUUAAGGGGCCCUCAUUUAUAAGACCAUAUACUCUUCUAGGUGCUGGGGACUGGAGGUAGAUAGCUUGGCAAACAAGAUGAUGAGAUUGGUCUUGGGGAAGGGGCAGAUCCCAGACAAGCAAAUAGCACAGGAACAAGAAGUUCAGAUGGUUAUAAGGGAUAUCAGAGAGUAGUUUGAGGGUCUGGAGGCUCAGAGACUGUGUGUGUGUGGAGGGGAGGGAUCAGGUGCUCAGUGAGGGAAGAACUAGUCAAAGAUCUAGUCAGAGAUCUCUGAGCCAUAUGCACCGGGUUGGCUCAGAUAUUAUCCUGAUUAUCAUUAUCAGUAUUAUUUUGGUAGUACUGGGGUUUGAACGCAGGGCUUCACAUUCACCAGCAAGCACUCUACCACUCAAGUCACGCCCCCCAGCCCUAUUUUCAUUAUUUUUUUACACAGCCAUGUGCUGAAACACUUGAGAGUGGAGUGCAGGGGAAGUAUGAAAGAUGGAGAUGAAUACUGUUGUGCAGGGCGUGUUUUGAAAUGUAGGAUAACAUGCUACAAAUUACAAUAUUUUUGUAAAGCCCCAUUAUAGUGUUUUAUUAUUUUCUACUUUUUCUUUUAAUGGUUUUAAUGUGUUUGAUUCCUAUACUUUAUGCAUGCUUCUUAGCUAUUUAAAAUCUCUCCUCUUUUUUUGCGUGUGUGUGGGAGUGGGAUUUGAACUCAUGGCUUCACACCUGCAAAGCAUGUUCUCUAGCACUUGAGCCACACCUCCAG